CGUAAAUUAGAUAUUUCACGCACGUGACUUCGUGAUUCGUGACUCGCGAAUCUGCCAAGUUAACUUAUUAUUAUAAUUAUAAUUAUAACUUAAUAUAAUUAUAAUAACAAUAAUAUUCGGAAUUCGGAUGGUUCAACGGCAGUGUUACGACUUACGAUGGAAGACCACCACAACAGUGGAAUGAUGAAAUAUAGUUACUACAAAUAUAUUGUUGUGGAGUUUGAUGAUGAGGGGAUUCAAAUUAUUCCAAGGAAUUGGUUGAUACACAAUGGCAGUGCUACAAAAUUUCCUCCACUCACCACUAACAAUAUAAGAUAUGAAAAGUUUUGUACAAAAAUGGUUGAACCUAAGGAUAAUUGGAAUACUUUUAAUUUAAAAAGAAUUCUUGCGUCUUGUGAUGAUUUUCUAGCCGCAAAGAAAAAAUUAAAGAAAGCCGAAAACCAAACAGAUUUGGAUAGCACUGAUAUUGAUGUAUCAAAAAUCAAAAGAAAAUAUACUGCUGCUAAAGUUUUGGAAUCAGAUUCAGACGAGUUCUGCAAUCUUCAGAAAAAUGUGCCAGGUUUCCCUGAGGGUUUUAAACAAAAUAAAACUAAGCAAAUCUUAUCAGUACCAAAUCCUCCUGUUAAUGAUAAAGUGAGUCAUUUUGGGCAUAGUCUACAAUUGCCAAAUCCUCCUCAGUUAUAUAAAGACAUCUAUGAAAGUCAUGAAGACAAAUUAAACAGUCAAAGUUCAUCACCUGAUAUGUUCAAUAAUUAUGAUCCUCAGUUUGAUUCAUUAAUUACUAAUGAUUUACUGGCCAAUAACAGUAAACCAGUAGAAGUCUCUAUUCAAGACCACUUAAUUCCCAUCAACACCAGUACACAACAAAAUGAAAAAAUUAACAUUUCUGAAUCAUUAAUUACUAAUGAUUUACUGGCCAAUAACAGUAAACCAGUAGAAGUCCCUAUUCAAGACCACUUAAUUCCCAUCAACACCAGUACACAACAAAAUGAAAAAAUUAACAUUUCUGAAAACACUGAGGUUAUUAUAAUAUCUGGACAAAAUAACAACAAUAGUUCUACCGUGCUCUCAACUGAUGAAAUGAAAUCUUUAUUGAUAAAUAUAAAUGGUCCAUUAAUGGAUGUAACAAAUCAAAAUCAUUUAAUUGAAAGUGUUUGUAAAAUGCAGUUCAAAAUUAACCAAAUGUUACUUGUAUUAAAAAAUAUCAAUGAUAAUAUAAGAGAACUCAAGAAUACAUCUGUAAACUCAAACAAAAAUACUGAUUUAAACAUGCAUGUUUACUUUCCUAUUGAUACUGAAGAUGCACUUUUAUCUAUUGAAGUUAAAUUAGUAAAUGACGACGACUUUAAAAAACAGCUGAUAUAUGAGUUAUCAAAAAUUGGAGGUGAAUCUGUAAAACAAAAAACCUUUAAUGCAUUAAAAUUUUUGAUAACUAAUAAACUUGCUUCUUGCAUGACAUAUGCUGGGAUAAAAAAGAAUAAACGAGGUUUCAAAACACUUCAACUUCAUAAUAUAGUUAUUGAUGUGAUAAGAAACAGUUCUGAAAAAGCAACUAAUCAUAAGGUGAUCAAAGAAAUACAUAACUGGAUACGCCGGGCUUCUGAACGAUAUAGAAAUGAACUGACGAGACAUAAUGAUAAAGAUUUAGAAGUAAUGAUGACUGAAUGCGGCCCCGAACAUGGUGAUGAAUCAUGUUCAGAUUAAUUGUUAAAUUCCUAUUAUUAAUAGUUUUUUUUAUGAUUUUAAUAAAUAAGUAUGGACGUGUACCUACUUAAGUCAAUAUUUUUUGUUUUUCAGUUAUAAGUAUUAUAUUAUAUUAUAAUAUACCUUAUAAUGUUGGUUUUUUUUAUAAUUUUAAUUAAUUAGUAUAGAAGUAUACCUACAGCCAAUAUUUUGUUUUUCAGUUAUAAGUAUUAUAUUAUAUAAUAAUGUUGGUUUUUUUUAUAAUUUUAAUUAAUUAGUAUAGAAGUAUACCUACAGCCAAUAUUUUGUUUUUCAGUUAUAAGUAUUAUAUUAUAUAAUAAUGUUGGUUUUUUUUAUAAUUUUAAUUAAUAAGUAUAGAAGUAUACCUACAGUCAAUAUUUUGUUUUUCAGUUAUAAGUAUUAUAUUAUAU